AAAGGUAACCCAAAAAUAUUCCAUGCAACAGAGAGGUGUGCCUCCGGAAUCAUACAAGCUAUUGGCCAUUUCAAGCUAGGUCCUAACCUUUCUCCAAGAGAUGUUCCUAACUUUAUGAAGUCCAAGCUAGAGAAUGUUAAUCCGGGUCAUGAGGUGGUGAAAUUUUACUUAUUUUAUGAGAGGUGGAGGCGAGGAGAAGUUGAGAAUUGUGAGACAUUUUUGGCAAGUCUGAAGGCUUCUUGUGAUCCUUCUGGUGUUCUCAUCCAUCCUUCUGGUGUUGAGAAAUCCCUUCAUGACUGCAUAAAUGAAAUAAGAAAAUGCUACGGAGAUAAACAGGGUAAACAAUUUCGGGUUUGGGUAGAUCAGGUGCUGCCAACAGAGAUCAGUCCUGGCACAUUGGUUGUAAAGUUUGAUAAAUGGGAGUUAUGCGGGGAGGAGCGGAAAUGCUGCAAAAACACUUCUAAAUUCAGCUCAAUGGAAUCUGGAGCUCCAGACGAGUUUACAUGGCAGCAUGUGCACCAGACUUGGUCAGAAGAAUCAGGGGUAAAAGAUAAUUCAACUUGGAUCCUCUAAAUUGUGUCCUAAAAUUCUCAACUCCAAACUCCAUAAUUUUUGUAAAACAAUAAAGGAUAUCUCUGAUAACAUCCGCUAUAAAUAGGAAGAGGAGGGAGUCCCCUUGCUCUGUCAUGUUUGGUAGAGCAUAAUAAGUUUGAAACUGUCAUUAAUCCGAUCAGUUUUUCCCGCAGAUAGGUUAGCAGCAUCUUACUUUCGAAAGUUAUGUCGAUUGAAUCCUCUUGCAUUAGGUACGCUGUUCACUGUUAUGGUAUGCAGGUUUCGAGACUUCGAA